UUCCAUCAGAUUAAAUAUUUGCCAUGCCAAGUCCAAGAUGAGUCGCGUCAAUCAACAAGUGUCGAAACGUGGUCGUAUAUCAGACAUGAAAUUCUGAGAAGAUUUGGCCAAUAUACGGAUUUUAAUUAUUUGUAUAACAUUUGUUACAAUCAGGUAAUUUGCUAAAAUAAACAGUGUCAUGGAUUCGUAAUAAUCUAUCGAAUGCAAUGAGAAACGAUUUUCUUGCUAUUUCAAAGAAUCGGACUGAACUAUCCAAUGCAAGAUAGUGAGUUUGAGAAUAAGUUAUAAUCUGAAUCAGAAAUAUUUAUUUAAAUAUUUGUUCAAGGAAGGAAUUCAACAAUGAACAACAAUAAACUCGUCACAUCAUUUCUGAUUUGCUUGACGCUACGAUAUUCGAGCUGCUCAAUUAUCCGUCGCUCUGUUCAAGGAAGGGCGGGUGCGAGAGAUGCAACGAAGUGGAUGAAUCUUCCUGAUGGAGACAAUUGGAACAUUCCUUAUGUGGUGGAAGGAGUCAAUAUAAAAGCUCAAGUUGCGAUAAGAUAUGCAAUGACUGAUUUUCAUGAAACCACCUGUCUGAGAUUUAUUCCAAGAACAACGGAAAAGUAUUUCGUGAAGUUUGUUGACGAAGGUGGUUGCUACGCACAAAUUGGACGACGGAUGGAUAAACCGAAUACGUUAUCGGUUAGCAAAGGGUGUGAACACAAAGGAAUUGUACUACAUGAAUUGAUGCACACAAUUGGAUUCUACCACGAACAAGCGAGACCGGAUAGAGAUGAUUACAUCUCCAUCGUGAAAGAAAAUAUCAUGGAAUACCAAGAACAUAAUUUUAAAAAAUUGGAUGAAUCUAAAGUGGAAAGUUUUGGAAUUCCGUAUGACGUCACAUCAAUUAUGCAUUAUCCGUCAGGAGCGUUCUCGAGCAACGGGAAAGACACGAUUCAAGGGGUGAAUGGUGAAAUACUAACUGGCAUGCAGCAAGAGAAUCUUUCAUCUUCUGAUAUUGAACAAGUGAAUAGAAUGUAUAACUGUCAAAACCUCAUGACAAAUGCGACAUGGGAAAGCACUAAUUCUUCAAGUACGGAUACUUCGGUACUGGAAAACACUGUGGACAAUUGCAAAGACAAACACAGUAAAUGUGGAGUUUUUGCUCAACGUGGAAGAUGUAAGAGAAGGCGUAAUUGGAUGUCUACGAAUUGCCCAAAAGCUUGCGGUACAUGCUGAGCCAAACAAACUAUUUUUGUAAUUUAAAAUUAUACUUUUCUGACAAUUCAAGCUUGUCGUUUUAAAAUCAGAAGUUUCGAGUUUUUUUACGCCAUCGCCAAACAAUGCCGUGUUAUAUUUUAUGUAUUAUUAUAGAUAUAGGAGAAUCUAUGUCAUUUAUGUAUGUAAUAAUUGCUGACUGCGAAGGUCAUCCGUUGUAUACGGCAGUAAACCAAACUAUCCCCCCUGAUUGGUAUAUAUACAAUGUGAACCCAUAGAAACGAUUUCGCGUUUACCUGUAAGCUGCUCUCACUGCGUUUUUUGGUUAAUCUUCGUGUAUUUGGUAUUUUUGUUGUGUCAGUUUUUGCGAUUUGGUUCGAUUUUAAACCUUAGUGCUAUUUCAACCCAUAGGUAUAUUAUUGACAUUCAAAUCAUUGGAAAACGCAUUUUGAAUAAUUUAGGUGCAGUAUAGCAGGGUUUCCCGAACUGGGGUGAGCGGACCCCUGGGGUUCCGCGACGACAGCACAGGGGGUACGGUACGCAGCGAUAUUAAGAGUCUGAAAUAUAUAUAUUUCACUGUCACACAGACAUUCGUGAACAAGAUAAAGACGAACCUUGCCUUUAGCGUCUGUGAGGAAGACCUCCGUCACAGAGCAUUAUUGAGUUAUUAUUAUAUCAAACUUGUGCGACUUUGCCAAGGUCAUUUGAGCCCCGUUGCGACAAGAAAGAAGCGU